UUAUAAAUCAUUGUUUUUUAUGUUCUAAAUAUUUUUGUCUUUUCUUCCCUCCAUGUUGUAAGAAUCAUGACAUGGAAUCACAACUCAACCCAACUCCCCAUUACCUUAUUAGCUAAUUCCCUUACCAUUUUCACUAAUACAUACUAAAUACUCAAUUCCCCUCCCACUUUAACAUUUUUUAUUACUACCCAAUCCUCAGCAUUUGAUUGCUUUGAUAUGCUUAGCUUCAGUUUCUUGCUGUAAUGAGUUUAGUUUUCAAUAGUUCAGCAAUUCAGUUGGGUAGUUUCAGACCCAGAACCCAAAAACAUAGACAAUUCUCUUUUAAAACUACCAAAGAUUCAAUCUUUUUCAAUCCCAAUAACAUGAAUUCUUGUUUGUAUUUACACAAUUCCAUACCCAGAAAUUUAGAAACCAAAAUUCUGCUAAAUAAUCCCUUUAAAACUUCAAGUUUUAAUAGUGAUAUCAAGUAUGGUAGAGUAAAGCUUCAGUCUUUCAAGGUGAAGGGGGAUUUGGUUUUGAGGGCAAAGUCAGUUUUAAGUGUGGAUAAAGAGAUAAAUAAAGAGGGAAAUAAAAGAGUGAGUAAUUUUGAUGCUAUUGUUAUUGGGUCUGGAAUUGGUGGGUUGGUGGCUGCAGCUCAGCUGGGUGUGAAGGGAGCUAGGGUUUUGGUUUUGGAGAAGUAUGUGAUUCCUGGCGGAAGCUCUGGCUUUUAUGAGAGGGAUGGUUAUACUUUUGAUGUUGGCUCCUCUGUUAUGUUUGGUUUCAGUGAUAAGGGCAACUUAAAUUUGAUAACAAGAGCAUUGGCUGCAGUUGGCCGUAAGAUGGAGGUGAUUCCUGAUCCGACUACUGUUCAUUUCCAUCUACCCAAUGAUCUUUCUAUACGAGUUCACAGGGAGUACGAUGACUUCAUCGCGGAACUUACUGCUAAAUUUCCACAUGAAAAAGAAGGCAUCCUUAAAUUUUAUGGUGAAUGUUGGAAGAUAUUCAACGCGUUAAAUUCAUUGGAACUGAAGUCACUAGAGGAGCCAAUAUACCUGUUUGGACAGUUCUUCCAGAAGCCUCUCGAAUGCUUGACACUGGCUUAUUACCUGCCUCAAAAUGCUGGAGACAUAGCUCGGAAGUAUAUAAAGGAUCCGGAGCUGUUAUCUUUUCUUGAUGCGGAGUGUUUUAUAGUCAGCACAGUUAAUGCAUCGCAGACACCAAUGAUUAAUGCAGGCAUGGUUCUAUGUGAUAGGCAUUUCGGAGGAAUUAAUUACCCUGUAGGUGGUGUUGGUGGAAUUGCAAAGUCUCUGGUGGAUGGUCUGGUUGAUCAGGGUAGUGAAAUUAUGUACAAGGCAAAUGUGAAAAACAUCAUAUUGGAGAAUGGAAAGGCUGUGGGGGUGAGGCUUUCUGAUGGAAGAGAGUUCUAUGCCAAAACCGUAAUCUCAAAUGCUACAAGAUGGGAUACCUUUGGGAAGUUGUUAAAAGGUGAAAAACUUCCACAAGAAGAAGAAAAUUUCCAAAAAGUUUAUGUCAAGGCUCCAUCUUUUCUUUCCAUUCACAUGGGUGUAAAAGCUGAAGUUCUCCCUCCAGAUACGGAUUGCCAUCAUUUUGUGCUCGAGGAUGAAUGGGGAAGAUUAGAGAAGUCUUAUGGAAGUAUAUUUUUAAGCAUUCCAACUAUUCUUGAUUCAUCACUAGCUCCCGCAGGACAUCAUAUUCUUCACAUAUUCACGACUUCUUCGUUCGAUGACUGGGAGGGACUCUCUGUAAAGGACUAUGAGGCAAAGAAGGAGCUUAUAGCAGAUGAAAUUAUAAGCAGAUUGGAGAAGAAACUGUUUCCAGGGCUGAGAUCAUCAAUUACUUUUAUGGAGGUGGGGUCACCUAAGACACACAGGCGGUACCUAGCUCGUGAUAAAGGUACCUAUGGACCAAUGCCACGUAAAACUCCUAAAGGCUUACUGGGAAUGCCAUUCAAUACAACAGCAAUAGAUGGUCUGUACUGUGUUGGUGAUAGCUGUUUUCCAGGACAGGGUGUCAUAGCUGUAGCCUUUUCUGGAGUAAUGUGUGCUCAUCGUGUAGCUGCUGAUAUCGGACUGGAGAAGAAGUCACCUGUAAUGGAUGCUGCCCUCCUUCGACUUCUUGGCUGGUUAAGGACAUUGGCAUAAGUUGUUUGAUGGGAAGAAAUAUAAUUUGCCUUUUUGUUUUCCUAGCUAUUGAAGGCAGGUAUUUUUUACAUACAAUUUUUCUCAGUUAAAACAUAUGUUAGGGCUUUCCCCAACGUGUAUAGAGUAGUCAAAUAUCUUUCAUGUUUUUUCUUUUCGGGAAAGAAAAGAAAGCUGCUUCUUUUGUUUUUCUUUUUGCAUUUUGUUUAAGAGAAGGACGAUUCUGUCCUUAUGUAUUGAAAUAGUAAUCCUGUAAAUUAUCUUAGAAAGAAAUUUAUAAAA